CUAGCGCAGCCUAUAGGAAGCUGUGCGGUCUGGGUUUCGGAGUGUCCCUCUCAGUUCAGUAUCGCCGGCAGGCGCCAAGGUAUCGAGAUGUCGUCCCCGCAGGCCCCGGAGGAUGCGCCAGGCGACAGCAAUCCUUCAGAGGACCUCCGGAGUGUCCUGGUCACCAGGGUGCUCAACCUUGAGCCGCUGGACGAGGAUCUCUUCAGAGGAAAGAAUUACUGGGCACCAAGAACCCAGCAGCUGUUUGGGGGUCAGAUUGUGGGCCAGGCCCUGGCGGCUGCAGCCAAGUCUGUGAGUGAAGAUGUUUACGUGCACUCCCUACACUGCUAUUUUGUACGGGCAGGAAACCCAGAGAUGCCAGUUUUGUACCAUGUGGAGCGGAUGCACACAGGGAAGAGCUUCUCGGUGCGCUCUGUGAAGGCCGUGCAACAUGGCAAGCCCAUCUUCAUCUGCCAGGCCUCCUUCCAGAAGGUCCAGCCCAGCCCUGCGCAGCACCAGUUCUCCAUGCCCACUGUGCCCCCACCGGAGGAGCUGCUUGACUGUGCUACCCUCGUUAACCAGUAUUUAAGGGACCCUGACUUCCACGAUAAGUACCAAAUGUUGGUGAACCGAACUGCUGCCUACGACAUGCCCAUUGAGAUCAAGUGGGUAAACCCAACCAUGCUGAGCCAGCUGCAGAACAUGGAGCCCAAACAGAUGUUCUGGGUGCGAGCCCGGGGCUAUAUUGGGGAGGGCGACAUCAAGAUGCACUGCUGCGUGGCUGCCUAUAUCUCGGACUAUGCCUUCCUUGGCACAGCACUGCUGCCCCACAAGUGGCAGCAUGAGGUGCACUUCAUGGUCUCCUUGGACCACUCCAUGUGGUUCCACGCCCCGUUCCGAGCUGACCAAUGGAUGCUCUAUGAGUGCGAGAGCCCCUGGGCUGGUGGCUCCCGGGGGCUGGUCCAUGGGCAUCUGUGGCGUCGGGACGGCGUCCUGGCUAUAACCUGUGCCCAGGAGGGCGUGAUCCGAUUGAAGCCCCAGGUCUCAGAGAGCAAGCUGUAGCCAGAGGUACCAGGUUGGCCUGUGGCUUCAGGGCUUUCCCUUCUCCCCCCACUCCUAAGGCAGGAGUUACAGUCAAGGGCUGGGCCGUCUGUCCCUCAUAUUCAAUAAAGAGACUGAUACCACUGGA